AGUGGAAGCUCCGCGAGGAGCCAGCGCGCCUUCCUCCCAGACCCCUGAAGCGCGUCGCCUCUCCUCUGCAGCUGCAUCAAUCAAGCGUUGUGGUUGAUGACAUCACUUCCUGUCCUCGUCUGCUGGCCCCAGGCGGACCCCCAUGGAGAAGGUGUUCCGCUGCCCGGCCCGCCACGGCUACGCCGUGGAGGCGUCUCCCUUCCUCCCCCACCGGCUGGCCUGCGCCGCCAACCAGCACUACGGCAUCGCCGGCGGCGGCUCCCUGCUCGUCCUCGACGAGACUGAGAACGGAGUCGCUGUGGUGCAAAGCUGGGAGUGGGGUGACGGUCUGUUCGACGUGGCGUGGAGCGAAGCCAACGAGCACGUUGUGGUCGCCGGCGGCGGAGACGGCAGCCUGCAGCUGUGGGACACGACCAAUCACGGCGCUCCGCUGAGAGUCGCCAAGGAGCACACGCAGGAGGUGUACUCUGUAGACUGGAGUCAGACCAGAGGAGAGAACCUCAUCGUCUCCGGUUCCUGGGACCAAACGGCCAAAGUGUGGGACCCGGCUCUCAGCCAAUCGCUGACCACGCUCAGGGGUCACGAAGGGGUCAUCUACAGCACCAUCUGGUCGCCUCACAUCCCAGGAUGCUUUGCUUCGGCUUCAGGCGACGGGACGCUCAGAGUUUGGGACGUGAAGAGCGCCGCGUGCCGGUUGGCCAUCCCGGCGCACAAGGCUGAGAUCCUGAGCUGCGAUUGGUGCAAAUAUGACCAGAACGUCGUGGCCACGGGCUCAGUGGACUGCAGCGUGUGUGUGUGGGACCUGAGGAACGCCCGGCAGCCUGUCCAUCGACUGCUCGGCCACGCCUACGCUGUCCGCCGAGUCAAGUUCUCUCCGUUCUGCCGGGCGGUGCUGGCGUCCUGCUCCUACGACUUCACCGUCAGGUUCUGGGACUACAGCAGGCAGCAUAAUCUCCUAGAAACCGUGGAGCAUCACUCUGAGUUUGUGUGUGGACUCGACUUCAACCUGCACAUCCCCAACCAGGUGGUGGAUUGUUCCUGGGAUGAGACGGUGAAGAUCUACACACCGGCCUGUCUGAACACAGCAGCAUAGACACACACACCUACACACACCUACUACACACCAACCAACACACACUCACACACACACAGACAAACACAUACACACACACAGACAAACACACACACAGACACACACACACACACACACACCUACUACACACAAACCAACACACAGACAAACACUCACACACACACAGACAAACACAUACACACACACAGACAAACACACACACACACACAGACACACACACACACAGACACACA